UAGUUUGGGGGACCUAGUGUAUGAGUAUAUUCCCUUUGCUAAUUCCUUGUUCCGGUCGCGUUCGGGUCGAGCCGCGGGGUAUGAGCCGCGCGGGCCGCCGUAGUCAGCUGCUGAGAGCAGGAAGUAUCCGAGAAGCGGGAGGAGGCUGCACUAUGGCUCCGGACCCCUGGUUCUCCACAUACGAUUCUACUUGCCAAAUUGCACAAGAGAUUGCUGAGAAAAUUCAACAACGAACCCAGCAUGAAAGAAAUGGUGAAAAUACAACCAGGCUUACGGUGACAAUCAGAGCUUUGUUGCAGAAUCUGAAGGAAAAGAUCGCCCUUUUGAAGGACUUAUUGCUAAGAGCUGUGUCAACACAUCAAAUAACCCAGCUUGAAGGGGACCGAAGACAGAGCCUACUGGAUGAUCUUGUAACUCGAGAGAGACUACUUCUGGCAUCCUUUAAGAACGAGGGUGCAGAGCCAGAUCUCAUCAGGUCCAGCCUGAUGACGGGAGGGGCCAAGCGAGGCGUCCCAAACCCUUGGCUCUUUGAGGAGCCGGAGGAGACCAGAGGCUUGGGUUUUGACGAAAUCCGGCAACAGCAGCAGAAAAUCAUCCAAGAACAGGACGCAGGCCUUGAUGCCCUUUCUUCCAUCAUCAGCCGCCAAAAGCAGAUGGGGCGGGAGAUUGGCAAUGAGCUGGAUGAACAGAAUGAAAUAAUUGAUGACCUUGCCAACCUGGUGGAUAAAACAGACGAGAAGCUUCGCACUGAAACCAGGCGUGUGAACUUGGUGGACAGAAAGUCAGCAUCUUGCGGGGUUUGAUUGCUCCUCUGAAAUGGGUGGUCCCAUUUGAUGAAGCACUGAUGUUACUAAAAGAUAACUGAAAUCCUGUUCAAAUGAAAUGAAUUGUUUUGAGUUCAGAGAAAGGAUAAUGCAUUCAUUUUUUAAAAUGCAAACUAAGAAACCUUUCCGUAUGUUUCUAGAAAAGAAUAGUUGGGGAACUUGUGUGACUCUAUGCAUAUUGGUGGCAGCAGAGCUCCUAGGGCUUAAAGGCAGUCUCAUUCACUGUUGCACCUUGUUCUACUUCAGUCACAGUGGAUUGUUGAAGAUAGAACUCGAGAGCAGCUAAGAGCCCAGGUUCUGAAGCUCAAGCAAGUUCAGAUCCUAUACUCAGUGACGUUAUGCUCCGCAGUCAUUUUACUUCUUACUUAAUACCUUGUAAGUAAAGUGGGAAUUCACAUGGAGUGAUUUUUAAAUGCUGAUUCCCAGGCCCUCCCCUGGAGGGUCUGAUUGAGUAGGGUCAGGUUGGAGUUCAAGAGUGUUCAUUAUUCGACAAGUACACCAAGCAGUUUUGAUGCAGGUGCUUGCUAUUCAGAAGUUCUGAUGCAGAUUUUUGUGACGUUUACAUCAUACUGCCCGUGUACAGCGCUUUGCCCAAAAGCAAGUGAUGAUACUGUAUUUUGCCAUAUAUAUAAUGCUCUCCUGUGUAUAAUGGGCACCCACAUUUUUAGACCAAACUUUCAGGGAAAAAAACUUUUGUUUUCAUUUUUUAAUUCAAAAUCUUACUUAUAUUUAGAAACAUUAUUGUAUUCCAGGAUAUUAUUUUGCACACGGGUAUCAUUAUAUGCUUUCCAGAGUUACACUUUCAAUGCAUAAGCAUAAAUAAAAGAAUUGAAAACAUUUAUAUAGAUACAGACUUAGUACUACCCAUGUAUAAUGUGUAUCCUUAUUUUUUCCUCAAAAAUUUGGACAGAAAAGUGUGCAUCAUACAUGGCAAAAUACAGCAAGUGGGGACAGUCAUAGAAAUCACAGUGAUUGUUAUCUGGUGCUUCAUCUUACAAAGGUGCACCAAGUUUAUAAGCUAGUACUUUUAUUGUAAAUAGAAAUACAAUACAAUAAAAAAAACUAGCAAUCUGAAUGCAUGGUUUGCCUCCCUGGAGCCCUUUCAGUAUGAAAAGGUGUAAUGGACCCUCUGAUCCGUCCAGCUGUAGAACCACGACUCUGGGCAGGGGUCGCCUGAGGUGUACUCCUUGAGCAUGAUUGCCUUCCUUGCCUGUGUCCUGCCUAAACAGAAGUCUAGAGCAGCAUGGUGAGAGAGAGCCAGGCGGAGCAGGACCCUGGAACCUCAGAGGAGGUGAAACUCCAAGGGGCUCCCUGCUUCCCUUUUAUCACUUGCUCUGCUCCCUGACCCCAGUUCUCAUCCGUCAGGUACCAGCCCAAUCUGUGCUUCUGUUCCUGGAGUCACAUGCUUCCUUCUUCCCGCCAGGAGCAAAGCCUCCUUGAUUUUGCCUUACAGCCUUCUCACAUGACUUCUGUCCACUGGGCCUUUGUUCUCUGCCCUUGAUCCUGAAACUUUAGAGACAGAGGAAUGUGGAUUCAUGCCCACCUCCCUCUCUUACUAUCUUUGAUUUGUGUAUAAACUUAAUCUUGCUGAGCCUAGUUUCCUCAGCUAUGAAAGAGUGGAUGGCCUGGUUAUCAAAGUUAAAUUGUAUAGAAUAUGUCAGGUGUCUCAUGCCGCCCAUCUCCCCUGAACUCCUAUGAGUCUGUAGAGAGGCCCCAAAGCCUGCACUCUCACCCGGCGCCACCACUCGCCAGCCGAGUGGCUUCUCUGUGCCUCGGGCUUCUCCUCUCUGAGACUGGGUGAGAAGACUGUUUACAGCAUAAGUGGAUUAAUGUAGAUAAAGAGAUAGUUGUAUAUGAUACUGAUGUAGAUGCAGACAUACAGACUUAUAGCACUUAGAACAGUGUUCGGUACAGGGUAAGUGAAUAGCAAGUAUUAGCUAUUGUCAUUGUAUGCCUAAAGUAGGAUGGCUCUUCCCAGGUCACUGGUAACAUUCCUGAGGUCUUUCUUUGUGCUAAGCAGUCACGUUGCUAUUAUUUUGGAAUGAGCACAUUCACAGACACGUCAGUGCAUGUUGGGUUUGCAUGUGGCCGCCAUUCACCAUACGCCAUCCACCAAAUCACAGUGAGGAGUGUUACUAAUGCUGUCACCAGUUCUUUAUUUCACAGUAUUACCUACUGUUGGUUUUUAGACCCAGAGAUUUCCAUAAACCUUCUGAGCUGAACUGCUUCAUUUGUUUUAGUAGAAGAGAUUUAGAGACUCCCAAAAUUACUGAACUGCAUAUUUUUAAAAACUUGGUAUCUUAAAAUAUAUCAACUGUAAAAUUAUCUCAUGACUCACUUGUACUUAUUUAUAUAUGAUACAGCAGUUAUAUAAUAGGUAUUUAUUGUCUAUAAUACAUACUACCUACAACAGAAUCACAUGUGGCGACUCUGAAGGGAGAGGUGCAGCAGCACAACGAUGUUA